AUGGCAAAGGGCCCUUACAAGUUGGUGCUCCGCGAGUUUCUAGCAUGCGAUGACCAAGGAGCGCACACGCUGCGUUUUGAUCUUCGUCGACGCUUGCUGGAUUCCGGCCUCCCGGCUUACUCUGGCAAAGUCACCUUCCCACAGGACCUCGACAACGACGUCAAGCCCUGGGCAGCGACGGGACUAGAAGGGCACGAGUGCGACUUGCGCGCGCAAUUCUCAGAAAUCGUCGGCUACGGCGCUGAGCGGCCGCGCCAAAGUCCAGUCAAGCGAAACAACUCCAAAUCAGUUGCUAUAGAACCCGUUAAUUCAAUUGAAAAAUCUGUCCCCACUUUCUAG